AUGGUUGAGGAGGGCACCGGCGAGCAGGGCGCCCUGCCGCCCAUAGCCGUGCAGGCCUCCACGGGAUCUCCCCUGAUGACGCUGCCGUCGCUGAGCACCUACCUGCCGGAGGGCGGCCAGGACUACGAGUCGGUGACGAUGAGCCAGGAGGUGGUGUCCCUCACCUCGAGCACGAUAAUCAAUCAGAAGGCCUUCGCGAAUAAUCUUGGGAUCCCGGUGGGAGCGGUGGUGAACUGCAUGCCCCCGAGCGCAACCAAUUUUCCAUUGCUGCGGCAGUCACCUGUGUGCUGUUCGCGGUGCGGAGCAUACAUCAACCCUUACUGCAGGGUUGAGGUGUCUACAGGGCAGUGGACAUGCAACUUUUGUGGACAGCAGAAUGCCACCAAGACAGACAUGGUUGGAGAGGAGCUGCAGGUGUCUGCUGAGCUGACGUCAGAAGCAGUGGACUACGUUGAAGAAUCUCCCCUUCCAGAAUCAUCGCUGGGUGAAGAGGUGUUGCCCACUGGGCCUGUCCUGUUCUUGCUGGACUCCACAAUUGAUGUUGACGAUGCUGUCAGUGUCAAGGAGGCAGUGGCUCAGGUGUUGCGGCAACUCCACCCUGACACGCCAGUUGCCAUCAUCUCCCUGGACGCCUGCGUGUCGGUGCACAACUUGGGAACCAAGCCAGGGAUCCUAGAAUCGCACACGCUGCCGGGGCAAAUCGGCAGCCUGCAUCCCGGUGCCAGGGCCCUGUUCCUUGGCGCCUGCCCAAAAUUCUCGAAGAUCGGUUCCUGCUUGCCCACUGCAGAGUCUAUCGUGCAGAGCUUGACACCCUACAGACCAGAUCUGGUGGCCAUGGAGCGGCCCAGGUGCCUUGGCCCUGGCUUGCAUGAGGCCUUGCACCUGAUGCAGGACUUCAGGAAUGGGCAGAGCACUGGUGAUCAGAGUGCAACUGCAAGGAGAGGGGCAGAAGGGAGGGUGAUGGCGCUGGUAGGAGGCGGUCCAACCCAUGGCCCGGGGGCAGUGGCCUUGGAUGCCAUCGACAAGCAAGGGGAUGAAUCCUCUGUGAAGGAGGGCUUGAGCUUCUUUGCCAGGCUGGCAGCGAUGGCACACGGAGCUGGUAUCCCUGUGGACAUAUUCGCUGUAGGGCCAGCAGCAGGCCAUGCCACCAUCCUAGAACCAUUUUCCCGUGCUUCAGGUGGCAACUUCACAAUGCACACAUCUGUGACAUCACAGCUCCUUGCCAUGAGCAUGACAGCCUCCCUCGAUCGUCAAUUUGGGUCCCAUGGCAUUCUGGACGUCAGGUUGUCACAUGGCCUCAAAUUGGCAGCCAUCAUUGGCAGUGUUGCCGGCCCACUCAGACCCUGUGAAUCUGGUGUGCGAAAGCUGUCUUCGAAUGCCUGCAGUGUUGGCAGCAUGGAUGCAGGCAAGUCCUUUGGGCUAUGGGUGGAGGCAACGAGGGAUUUUGGCCAGGAAGAGCUGAUUCUGCAGGUGAUCAUGGCUUGGACGGACAGGUUGGGUGGGAAGAGGGAUCGUGUUGUCACCCGCAGAAUUGUGCCAACUGGAAACCUCAAUGAGUAUCUUCGUAGCAUCCAUGCCAUCCCAGCCUCUGUACUCCUUGCCAAGAAAAUUGUCCUGGAGCUGGCAAGAGCAGAAGCAGCACACAGCAUUCGCCGUUCGGAGGAUGUCAGAAUGGGGCUCAGUGCCAAACUGACUUACCUUGGACAGAAAUUCGGAAAGUUGCUGGAAAAGAAGGCCACUGGAUUUCUGGGGCUGGGCCUGCAGCAGAAAUGGUCUUGUCCACAGGAGCUGGGGUUCGUUGCACAGACUCUGUACCACCUUCAGCGCAGCACGAUGUUGACUCCUUACGCCCAUGUUGCGGAGCGUUCACUGCUGCACUCAGUCUUCCUUGCAUGCGCCUGCCCCAUGGCCGAGCGUAUGCUCGUGCCCAAGAUGUACGAGUUGGACCCCGCGCUGUUCAUCUUCCGGGAAAUCCCCCCACUGGACAUUGCACUGCGGUCGGACACAGCCGUGCUGCUGGACCACGGGGCCCAGAUCUUUGUGUGGGUGGGGCGAGAGGUUGCCAGGGAGUCUGGGGAGGGGCUGAGUGACGAAGCGACGUCGAUGGUGGAGACCUGUGAGAGGAAGGCGGUGGAGUUGUCAAAGGGGAGGUGCCCCAUACCAGAGCUGCAGGUGGUUGUGGAGGGGCACCCAAAGAUGCGGCACGUCCUGGUGACGGUCGUCCCUGCGCACAAGGACGCCGACAUCGAUCGCAAAUUGCAGUUCUCGAGGCCCGUUCUUGGGUCUGAGCUGAACUGGAAGUAUGCGAUGGCAGGCUCCCCGAUGGAAAGCGAGCCCAGCUUCUACCAGUGGUGCAGGAAUGCGAGCGUGGAGCCGCCGAGACAGGACUUGAGCUGGCCUAUGCCCAGGCUUUCGGCAGGAUAG